CUCGGCGGCGGCGGCGGCGGCGGCGGCGGCUUAGGCGGCAGCGCUCGCCAUUGCCGCUGGUGGCAGGAGGCUGCGAGGAGCCGGCGCGGUCGCAGUCUCCACGGCGCAGGCCCACGGUAGCGCAGCCGCUCUGAGGAACUUGGGAAUGGGAAGAGAUUCUAAGUCAUCUAAGCCAGCUCAACUCCCCAAAGUUACAUGGUCAUCAGUCUUCUUGAACACAUCCAGUGAAAAGAAAUCAUUUUGGUGGCUACUAACUACUGAAACACGGUACCUUCUCACUCAGGGCACUGUGACAGACACAGGGUUGUAAGCUGUAAUGUGGAGACGACUUUCCUCUUUGGCAGUAGAUCUUCAUGGAGGAACACGGAGUGACCCAAACUGAACACAUGGCUACCAUAGAAGCCCAUGCAGUGGCCCAACAAGUUCAGCAGGUCCAUGUGGCUACCUACACUGAACACAGUAUGUUGAGUGCUGAUGAAGACUCACCUUCUUCUCCUGAGGAUACCUCGUAUGAUGAUUCAGACAUACUCAACUCCACAGCGGCUGAUGAAGUAACAGCCCAUCUGGCUGCUGCAGGUCCUGUGGGAAUGGCUGCUGCUGCUGCUGUGGCAACAGGAAAGAAACGGAAACGGCCUCAUGUGUUUGAGUCUAAUCCGUCUAUCCGGAAGAGACAGCAAACACGUUUGCUUAGGAAACUUCGAGCCACAUUAGAUGAAUAUACUACUCGAGUGGGACAGCAAGCUAUUGUCCUUUGUAUCUCACCCUCCAAACCCAACCCUGUCUUUAAAGUGUUCGGUGCAGCACCUUUGGAGAAUGUGGUGCGUAAGUACAAGAGCAUGAUCCUGGAAGACCUGGAGUCUGCCCUGGCAGAGCACGCCCCUGCGCCACAGGAGGUUAACUCAGAGCUGCCGCCUCUCACCAUCGAUGGAAUUCCAGUCUCUGUGGACAAAAUGACUCAGGCCCAGCUUCGGGCAUUUAUUCCAGAGAUGCUGAAGUACUCCACAGGUCGGGGAAAACCAGGCUGGGGUAAAGAAAGCUGCAAGCCCAUCUGGUGGCCUGAAGAUAUCCCAUGGGCAAACGUUCGGAGCGAUGUCCGCACAGAAGAGCAAAAGCAGAGGGUUUCAUGGACCCAGGCACUACGGACCAUAGUUAAAAACUGUUAUAAACAGCAUGGGCGGGAGGACCUUUUGUAUGCUUUUGAAGAUCAGCAAACACAAACACAGGCAACAACCACACACAGUAUAGCCCAUCUUGUACCAUCACAGACCGUAGUCCAGACCUUUAGUAACCCUGAUGGCACUGUCUCGCUUAUCCAGGUUGGUACAGGGGCAACAGUAGCCACAUUGGCUGAUGCUUCAGAAUUGCCAACCACAGUCACUGUUGCCCAAGUGAAUUAUUCUGCUGUGGCUGAUGGAGAGGUGGAACAAAAUUGGGCCACGUUACAAGGAGGUGAGAUGACCAUCCAGACGACACAAGCAUCAGAGGCUACCCAGGCGGUGGCAUCAUUGGCAGAGGCUGCAGUGGCAGCUUCUCAGGAGAUGCAGCAGGGAGCCACAGUCACCAUGGCACUCAACAGCGAAGCUGCCGCCCAUGCUGUCGCCACCCUGGCCGAGGCCACCUUGCAAGGGGGGGGACAGAUAGUCCUGUCUGGGGAAACCGCAGCAGCUGUCGGAGCACUUACUGGAGUCCAAGAUGCUAAUGGAGUAAUCACCGGUUCUACCCAAUUCUGGAAGACCCCUCGAGGACUGGUCCAGAUCCCUGUGAGCAUGUACCAGACUGUGGUAACCAGCCUCGCCCAGGGCAAUGGGCCGGUGCAGGUGGCCAUGGCCCCUGUGACCACCAGGAUAUCGGACAGCGCAGUCACCAUGGACGGCCAGGCUGUGGAGGUGGUGACGUUGGAACAGUGACAUGCAGCCAUAUCAUGGCAUCGUUUUCUAGUCUACUUCAAAAUUUUUUACACGUUUGCAGAGGUGCAAUCAAAUGGAAUUAAGUCUCUCGACUUUGGAAGAAAAGUUUUGUUAACCUUUUUUUUAAAAAGGAAGAAAGGCAGCGGAUUUUGGAAUUGCAUUUUUUUAAAGCACCACUUGAUUUUCUGGGAUUGGUGGAACAAGAUACUGCAUUGUCAAUUUCACUGUCCCAAAAAAGCCAAAUUGUGGCAAGGACUUCUUUCUGCGAAAACGUGUGUAUACUUCUGUGUGUGUAUGUGUGAGUGUGAAUAUAUGUAUAUGUGUACAUAUGGAUAUACACAUUUACAUAUAUAGAUAAAGUAUAUAUAUGUGUGUGUGUAUGUAUGUGUGUGUAUAUGUAUAUGUAUGUGUGUGUAUGUAUAUGUGUGUGUGUGUGUGUGUGUGUGUGUGUAUAUAUAUAUAUAUAUAUAUAUAUAUAUAUAUAUAUAUAUAUAUAUAUAUGUAUGUAUGAAACCCGCAUGGAAUUAUCUAUAUGAGAUCAAGGUGAGCUGUGGAAAAAAUAAUUCACCCAGUUUAGUGGGUGUUGGGUACGUGGCCAGACACAGCCACCGGUUUUUGUUCAUACCAGGGUCAUGCGUUGAGCUACUGACAAACUCAGGCAGAGGUGACCAUGCCCUUCUCCAAAGCUGCCUCCCAGUGGCCACCCAGAACUCCCCCUGCUGGACUCGCCUGAGGAAGGAUGUUCCAGAAUGGGGUGAGGUCCAGAAACUGUGCUUGCAAGGUCCAGGGGCCUCGUGGUCUGGCAGCUGGGACGCUCCUCGGGCCGGCCCAGGUGCUGACCUUGCCGCGGGCAAGUGAAUGUCCUUAAAACUCCCAGGCAGGGACGAGAGGGUUUUCCUCAGCCUCCCAUCUCCUCCCCUCCCCAGGAAACCUUCUUGAUCUCAUGACUAUUAACAUGUCGCUUUGGUUUUAAGGUCGGUCCUGAAUUGGUCAUGUAUAUGAACUGAAGGUAACAGAAGUGUUAAGGGUUGAGGAGUGCGUGCGCGUUCAGUGUGCUGUGGGUGUGUGCGUGGUGCGGAGAGAAUGGGGGCAUGGGAGGGGUUGGAAGGGGAAAGGAAGGAGGGAGAGAAAAAUCUUCAAAGACCAGGUUACACCAAUGGGAGCAAUUUAUUCCUUUCCUGUAACUUUCUGUAGCUUAACAGAGGAGACUGAAACUGACGGGGGCACCUGGCGUGAGGAAGGUUGGCCAUCACGCUGGGGGACGUUAGAGAGAGAGGGCUGAGGGUGCUUCCUGCACUCCUGGAUCAGGCCCUGUUUCAGAAGGAACCCUGCAGUUUUCCCAGGUGCAUCCUGCUGGGCCCGGGCCCGCACAGCUUCCUUCUCACAGGUGUUGAUUGGUCCGGGUGUUCUUUGUGACUAAAUUCUGUGAUUUCUCAGCUGCAAGCCCCAAGUCUCCAGCGGCUAAAUUCACCUGACUUUUUGACAGGCCAAAUCUCUGCUCCUUGAGUACAGGGACAACUCUUCCUCCCUCCUCCCGGGCCCCCCGUGUGUGAUAGUGUAUUUAAUGUGUUUUUUUUCUUUUAAUGCGACAUUAAAAGAUUCUUCACGUCUUGCUCAGCCUUUGAGAAAAGUUUCAGAUUCUUGUAUUUGCUUGUUUUAUAUAAAACUAUUCAAUGUUCUUUGUAUGUUUUUUUCUGUACGUAAUGGGGGGAGGGAGGGAAAUUUACAUAAAACAGUCCUAGUUCUACAAUUUGUUAUUUUUUUAAUUAUUAUUUUUUAUCGUCGUUGUGAAACUGUCCAGGGGCUUUAAAGUCCGUGUUCCUUUGUGGUGAAAUAACCUCCUAAUAGUUUGAGAAAUUGCCAAGAAGAAGAAGAAGAAAAGCAAGACCCCAGUAGCAGAGCAUGGAUUCUGUGUCAUUUUCCAUUCUGUCUAUUACUGCCUCAUUCAAUAAAUAGUUAACAAAGUGGCAA